AUGGCGUCAAAGCUCGCCCCGGUCCUCCUCAGAACGGCUACUCGUUCAAUAUGUCGGGCUCCUCGGCAACCACAGUUCCGAGCCUUCACGGCUGGUAGCUCUAGGAGAAGUGAAACUCUCGCAGUUCACCGCAAUACACCCGAUAAUAACCCCGAUUUGCCAUUUAAGUUCUCAGCCCAGAAUGAAGAAGUGAUCGCGGAGAUCCUCAAACGAUACCCUCCCCAGUACAAGAAAGCUGCCGUGAUGCCGCUGUUGGACUUGGGCCAGCGCCAACAUGGCUUCACAUCCAUAUCCGUCAUGAACGAGGUGGCGCGGAUCCUCGAGAUGCCCCCCACGCGCGUUUACGAGGUCGCUUCCUUCUAUACUAUGUACAACCGGACGCCUGUUGGCAAGUUCUUCGUUCAAGCUUGCACUACGACACCAUGCCAACUCGGUGGUUGCGGUAGCGAUAAGAUUGUGGAGGCGAUCAAGGAGCACCUAGGCAUUAAGCAAGGCGAAACGACGGCAGACGGACUCUUCACAUUCAUCGAGGUGGAAUGCCUGGGCGCCUGUGUCAACGCUCCCAUGAUCCAAAUUAAUGAUGACUUCUACGAGGAUCUGACGCCCGAGUCUACCAAGCAGCUGCUCACGGCGCUGAAAGAGAGUGCCGCGCCCGGUUCCAAGGCCAAGGUGCCCGCGCCGGGCCCUCUGAGCGGUCGCCAGACUUGCGAAAAUAGCGCUGGCCAGACAAGUUUAACGAGCGAGCCGUGGGGCAUCGAGACUACGAGGAAGGACCUAUAA